GGGGGCGUGGCCGGGGGCGUGACAGGGGCGUGGCCUCGCGCGGCCGAGAGGCUGCAGCGGCAGCAGCUGUCGCGCCAGUCGCAACAGAAGCAGGUCCGAGGCACAGCCCGAUCCCGCCAUGGAGCAGCCGAGGAAGGCGGUGGUAGUGACGGGAUUUGGCCCUUUUGGGGAACACACCGUGAACGCCAGUUGGAUUGCAGUUCAGGAGCUAGAAAAGCUAGGCCUUGGCGACAGCGUGGACCUGCAUGUGUACGAGAUUCCGGUUGAGUACCAAACAGUCCAGAGACUCAUCCCCGCCCUGUGGGAGAAGCACAGUCCACAGCUGGUGGUGCAUGUGGGGGUGUCAGGCAUGGCGACCACAGUCACACUGGAGAAAUGUGGACACAACAAGGGCUACAAGGGGCUGGACAACUGCCGCUUCUGCCCCGGCUCCCAGUGCUGCGUGGAGGACGGGCCUGAAAGCAUUGACUCCAUCAUCGACAUGGAUGCUGUGUGCAAGCGAGUCACCACGUUGGGCCUGGAUGUGUCAGUGACCAUCUCGCAGGAUGCCGGCAGAUAUCUCUGCGACUUUACCUACUACACCUCUUUGUACCAGAGUCACGGUCGAUCAGCCUUCGUCCACGUGCCCCCACUGGGGAAGCCGUACAACGCGGACCAGCUGGGCAGGGCACUGAGAGCCAUCAUUGAGGAGAUGUUGGACCUCCUGGAGCAGUCAGAGGGCAAAAUCAACUAUUGCCACAAACACUGAGGGACGCUCAGGUCUCCUAAGACUUCAUCCUGCUGGGGACCCCACGAGGGGACAUCCACCCUCUGGGGUGUGGCCAGGAAAAGACAAGCUCUUCAGCUUGGGGAUCCGAUCUGGAAGAGAGAUUCUGAUCUGCCCACCUCCUCUUCCUCCUUCUCUACAAAAGCUCCGGUUGAUUUGAGGGAAGUGGUGAAAAUUUUUUUUUCUCCCAUUUUCCUCCCUGCAUCUGGGGACACAGCUGCCGUGACCAGGGAGGCCAGCCUGGGAGGUCCAGAUGCCCAGGGAGAAUCUUGGUCUGGUGGAUCCAUGAGCUGCGAUACCACGGCUGGGGCCAUAUGUUCACCUGCUUUCCUGUCCGUUGGUGAAGGAAUUUCAGAAUUCAUUUUAUAUCCAAGACUGGCUUUUACCAAAUUUAAAAGCCUCUCGAUGCGUCCUCGACCUUGAACUGUGCUCAACAGCCUGGCCCUUUCUGGGGCCACCCUGGGAUAUGGCAUUUUUUCUUUCUUUCUUUCUUUCUUUCUUCUCUCUCUCUCUCUUUUUUUUUUUUUUUUUUUUUUAAAUAGUGCUAGUUUGGGCACAGAAUAAUUUAUAUUCCCUUUGGUUAAAAUGCAGGCUUUUUAGCCAACAACAAAAGUGUUUUCCCCCCACCCCCACUCGCCCACCAGGGUGAGGCCACUUUUGCCUCCUGCCCUGAAAAUUGGACUUAAGAUGCCAUGUCUUGGCCGGGCGCAGUGGCUCAUGCCUGUAAUCCCAGCACUUUGGAAGGCCAGGGUGGGCGGAUCACCUGAGAUCAGGAGUUCAAGAUCAGCCUGGCCAACAUGGUGAAACCCGGCCUCUACUAAAAAUACAAAAAUUAGCCGGGCAUGGUGAUGAGUGCCUGUAGUCCUAGCUACUCGGGAGGCUGAGGCUGGAGAAUCGCUUGAACUUGGGAGGCAGAGGUUGCAGUGAGCUGAGAUUGCACAGCUGCACUCCAGCCUGGGUGACAGAGCGAGACUCUGUCUCAAAACUAUUGGACUUAAGAUGGCAUGUCUUUGUUUUAGGGCCAAAAAUGAGGCCCCCUUGCUUAAGGCAUGGGGUCCGUGGCCAGGCAACGGGGUGGGACUGCUGCCCCAGAUGUGGCCAUGGGGGUCGUGGUCCUUUCAACACCAAGCUAUGAGCUGUCGCCAUGGAGACCAGGGCCACCUGUGGAAAGGCGGAUUUUGUCUGCUUUUGACUUUUCUUUUUUAAUAUGUAAAACUCCACAUCAGCGGAAAACCCCCCCUACUUCUGGCCUGGAGCUUCAGGGUUUUGGUGCUGGGACGAGUUUGUUGUUCUCCUUAGCGAGGUGGCGCGGGGGGCUCAAAACGGGGGCACGGGGGCUGGAGUUGGCAGAGCUCGGCAUGUCCCGGCAUGUCUGAGCAGGAGGAAUUCCGGGCGGCCAAAGGGUUUUAUGUAGAUUGCUUUUGGACACGCGCCCAGGAGUCAGGAGUCGAUUUUUAUCUCACUUCCUGGUAACCUUGAACUUACCAGGCAGGGAUGAGAUGAUGUAAACUUCCUCAGAUGAUGUAAGUUCAGCCAUAUCUUGCUGCCCAUUAGGGAGAGAGGACGACCCCCACAGUGAAAGUAAUUGAGUGAAAUGCACGUUCUGGAAAUCAGUUUCUAUUUUGGCCUGGAGGAAUGUGGCUAUACUGCUUCCCUGAGUGUGACACAGUUGGAAUCUAAUCUUGUUGGUUUCCCAACAUCUAGGUUUUUGUUUGUUUGUUUGUUUUUUGUGAUAGGGUCUUGUUCUGUUGACCAGGCUGGAGUACAGUAGUGUGAUCAUGGAUCACUGCAGCCUCUACCUCCUGGGCUCAAGUGAUCCUCCCAUCUCAGCCUCCUGAGUAGCUGGGACUACAAGCAUGCACCACCACACCUGGCUAAUUUUUAAAUUUUUUAUACAGACAGGGUUUCACCAUGUUGCCCAGGCUGGUCUCGAACUCCUGGACUCAAACUGAUCCUCCUUUCUCGGCCUCCCAAAGUGCUGGGAUUACAGGCAUGAGCCACUGCACCCAGCCCAGUUCUUUCUUAAAGCAGCUGAGAGUUUUGUUUUCUUCAGCGUUCACCUUCCUUGUCUCCAGUUCCGAUGCUGGCAGUGGUUCCUACCUCUGUUGGGUUUCUAGAUAGUUUGGGAACGGGGUUGAUGGGUUUCUGUGAAACACAUUUUCCAAGUCUUGGGCUUUCUCUGGAGGGGAAGGUGGAUGCUGGCGGGUGACUUGCAGUGGGUGCCUGGCAGUGGGUGUGGACUGUAACUGACAGGUGGAAAUGAGUAGGGACACUAUUGUUCCCUCCAUGCCAGCCUUUUUUUUUGCUGGAAAUGCCCCCUCCACACCCCUGGUAGCUCUCUGUGUCCUGAGAAAUCCAGAGUGUGGGAGACAUCACUGCAUCUGUCCCCCCAGCUUCUGUGAAGGGAAGCUGUGGCCUCUUUUGAAUGUGGGGAACAACUGAAGACUCAGGGGUCACCCAGAGGUCUGGUGGAAAGCAACUUCAGGUUUCAUCUUGCUCUAUUCCUCAAAGGUCUGGUCUGUGGGCCUCUGAGGAGAAAACAGGUCUAGCCAAGACAGGGGCAAAAUGGGGAAGGGGGUGUGCGAGGCCUGAACUGAGCUAAGCACCUGCCCCGGGCUCCACACUUCCAUCUUUCUUUUGUCUUCAUUUCGCCUCUGUGUUUAAAGCACUGUGUGACAUAGCUCCUUAGAGAUAUAACCUAUUGUCUGCUCAUUGUCACGUGUGUGUGUGUCAUCUUUGUAUUCUUGCAGUGGUUUCACAUUUCCUUACUGAGUCAAGCCAGUAUCCCAUCCUUCCUCAUAAUGCACAACAUUUGGCUCAUUUUAUUUUUCUCAUUGUUAUUUUUUAUUUUUAUUUUUUGAGAUGGAUUCUCACACUGUUACCCGGGCUAGAGUGCAAUGGCGUGAUCUCGGCUCACUGCAACCUCCACCUCCUGGGUUUACACAAUUCUCCUGCCUCAGCCUCCCGAGUAGCUGGGAUUACAGGCGCCCGUCACCACACCUGGCUAAUUUUUGUAUUUUUAGUAGAGAUGCAACUUCACCAUGUUGGCCAGGCUGGUCUUGAAAUCCUGACCUCAGGUGAUCUGCCUGCCUUGGCCUCCCAAAGUGCUGGGAUUACAGGUGUGAGCUACUGCACCUGGCCAAGUUUUUUACAAAUAUUUUUCUUUUGGUGGAACUCAUCUGUGCACUCUCUGGUGUGUUUUUCCACCUUUGUUGGGUCUUGGCUUAAAAUAUCCUCAUGUGGGCUAGGUGUGGUUACUCACACCUGUAAUCCUAGCACUUUGGGAGGUUGAGGCAGGAGAAUCCCUUGAGCCAGGAGUUCAAGACCAGCCUGGGCAACAUAGCAAGAGACCCCAUAUCUACCAAAACAUACAAAAAUUAGCCAGAUGUGGUGGUGCAUGCCUGUGGUCCCAGAUACUCAGGAGGCUGAGGCAGGAGGAUCACCUAUGCCUGGGAGGUUGAAGCCCCAGUGAGCCAUGAUCACACCACUGUAGUCCAGCCUGGGUGACACAGCAAGACUCUGUCUCAAAAAAAAAAAAAAAAAAAAAUCCUCAUGCAAGAAGGGAAGGACCAAGUCCCAUUCCCUCUUGCCUCAUUUUCAGAGCCUGGGGUAGGGGCUACAGGUGGCAUAGGAAGGGUCUGCAAAGUGGGUGGGACUUGGCAGGUGUUGGGAAGAGGAAUAGGGGUGGCAAGUGUCAAUGGUGAAAAGACAGGCUGAGGGGUGUGGUGGGAAGGCUGGGGGAGAAAGGUGAGAAGUGAUUGGGGGGGCUUCCCUGAUGAGUCCUCAUGGAGGGUGCUGAGGCAGGGAACAGGGGUGCAGGGACAGUGAUCAGGGCACCUGGUACCCUGACCAACUUGAUGAUGGCAUCUCUUUUAAGAUGCCCAAGUCUGUGCACUUUUAUUCCUUUAUUCGGCCCCUAGCACCCCCUCCCCACCCCAAAGAAGGUCAGUAGCAUGCGUGUGGGGAUGUAGCUCAAAAAAGAAAUAAGAUGGAGUGGAAAGGAAAGAAAGGAAGAAGCAGGAAUUCAAGGUGGGUGGGCUGAGCUUGGGGCCACCUAGCCCACCUGCUCCAAUCAAGGGCUGGAACAAACCUGAGGCCACUUGGAGAGGCAGGGCUGGGCAGGGACAGGGGGUGGGGGCCGAAAUCACAGCUUCCCCAUCAGAGCCAGAUGUGUGAAGGAAAUGUCGCAGAUGGCAGUAGUUUCUCGGCAAGGAGGGGAAUCCUGGAGAUGGUUCAUGUCUGUGAUCCCAGUGCUUUGGGAGGCUGAGGUGGGAGGAUUGCUUGAGCCCGGGAGUUCGAGACCAGCCCUGGGCAACAUGGCGAGACCCCAUCUCUACAGAAAUUAAAAAAAAAAAAUUAGCCAGUUGUGGUGUCAAGCACCUGUAGUCCCAGCUACUUGGGAGGCUGAGUUGGGAGGCUUAUCUGAGCCCAGGAGGUGAAGGCUGCAAUGAGCCGUGAUUACACUACUGUACCCCAGCCUGGGCAACAGAGCAAGACCCUGCCUCAAAAUUAAGAAAAAAUAAAGGGGGGGCCAGGCGCAGUGGCUUAUGCCUGUUAUCCCAGCACUUUGGGAGGCCAAGGCGGACUGAUCGCUUGAGGCCAGGAGUUUGGGACCAGCCUGGCCAACAUAGCAAAACCCCAUCUCUACUAAAAAUACAAAAAUUAGUCAAGAGUGGAUGGUGUGCGCCUGUAAUCCCAGCUACCUGGGAGGCUGAGACAGGAGAAUUGCUUGAACCUGGGAGGCAGAGGUUGCAGUGGUGUGAGAUCACGUCACUGCAUUCCAGACUGGGCAACAUAGCAAGACUCUGUCACACACACACACACAAAAAUUCCCUGCUCUGCUUUUCUGCACGUUGCUGGCAUAGAAACAUCUAGAACAGAAAGUAUCCACUCUGGGGCAGAUGGGAGAGCUGGAAAAGUAGAUUCAAGAUGCCUUUUAGUCUUGGAAGUUUCUUCCAGGAAGCAAGACCAGCUGGUAUGUUUACACCUGCACUCCAGUGCCCUGGGGAGGUGACCAGGUGGAGGGGGAUGGCUCAUGGAAAUCUGUCCCGCACAGCCGGCCCCCUUUUGGCUGCCAUUGUCUAGACUGUUGGCCUUUGACCUCUCUGCCUCUUGUGGCGUCUGAACCUAGACGUCCCUUUUGGAGAUAGCUGGACAAAGCCCUAUUCUCCGCAGCCCCAGCCUCUAUCCUGAGGCCUCUGGGAGCCGCGUGACGGCCAGCAUGGGGUGCUGAUCAUGGUCAAGGAGGCAGGUCUUUGCCAGGUUGCCCCAUGCAGCCACCCAUCCGCAGCAUCCUAACUUGAGGGGGCAGGAGAGGGCUUUGUUUUUAUAAUCUGGAUUAAAUUUCCCUUCCCUGGGCACAAGUGCUUCAUGAGGGCCCGGGGCUGCUGGUUGGGAGGGAAAGCAUCCCCGUUUUUGCAGUGAGGAGGCCGGCCGAGGGCUGGGGUUCCACUUAGACCCUUGGCAGAAUGGCUGUUGAGGGGCAGGCGCUGCCCAGUGCCCACGUCUGGAAAGCUAAUUCCCGGGUGGACGCUGAACAUACCUGCUGAGAGACUCUGUCCCCUGGUUUCCAGGACAGUUGUCACAAGCUGAGUGGGGGGGGACUCCCAGGACUUGAGGGACCCAGUCCCACCCCAAACUGCUCCCCCUCCCCCAAAUUCCCUUUCUCCUCCUGCUCUUUCUCCCCGCUGUGCCUCCCCCAGUUACCCACAGAAGUGCCUGCCUCUCCAGCGCUCACAGAACACACAAAAAGGGACAGGAAUUGGUCACUGGGUAGUGGCCGUGGCUCCUGACGAUCCAGACCAGCGUCUGGCCCAAGCCAUUCAGAGGUGGGGUCUGGGGCCUGGGGGUUUUGUGUCGUGACACUUUGUCUCAAGGAGAUUCCACAUAGGGAUUUGAAUUAGGCUUCCUGCUUGCCAAGGCCUGUGGCAUCUGAGCCUGGCUGAGGGCCGGGCAAGCCUCCCCUGAGCCUUUGGAAGCCAAGUUCACUCUCUGCCUGCCCAGGGGAGCACCGGCUUGGUCCUGGGGGCUCCUCUAACAUCUCAGGUUUUUAUCUUGUCUUAAAUUUCUUUCUAGGAAAAAACCCUUCCCUGCCAAAGGUGACUGUGUUUUCUACCGCCGAAGGAGGGCCCGGUCCCUCCAGGCUCAGCGUGGCUUCUCCCUGACCCCCGCCCUAGAACUUUUGCCAGUGCCUUUUCUGAAACUCCUGUGUCCCGGACCCCCCAGGCGGAGAAGGAUAUGCCGGAUUCUGCCUGGGGCUGGGCUCUAGGAGACCCCAAAUUUGACACCACAGAAAGCAAAUAAAACACUUGAAAUACGCA